CUUUCUGCUAACAAUUGUUUUAGUUCCAAUAGAGAGAAUAAUUUUAUAUAAAGGUUCAAUUGUAAACAAUGAAUAAUAUACAAGAGGUUACAUCCUUAUUUAUUGCAUUAUUUGCAAUAAAUAGACUUCAACAAGAUUGUCGGAAAAAACAAUUACGACGAUUGUUUUCCCGUAGACGACGUGCAUUGAAGGCAACGCUUAAAAGGUUAUGUUUCAAGAAAGAACAGAGUUGUUAUUAAGGUGGAAACAAAUUAAUAGUCUAAAACAAAUAGAAUUAAUUGCAGAAGGUAUACGAUAUCGAAGGAUUUGGCAACUUGAGAGAAGUUCAGAUUUUUGGAAAAGGAUUGUGAAUUGUCAUUAUACUGAAAAAGAAUGGAUUGAAAGUUUUCGUAUGUCUAAGGAGAGUUUUAUAGAAUUAUGUGAUAUGCUCAGAGAUGAAUUAGAACCAGAACCACAAUUUUUAAUGCCAAGGGAACCUAUAUCUGUAGAAAAACAAGUAGCUGUGGCCUUAUAUAAAUUAGCAUCUACUGCAGAAUAUAGAGUUAUUGGCAAUGCAAUGGGAAUACAUAAAUCGUCUGUAAAAAAAUGUUUAUACAGAGUAAUAAAGGCUAUCAAUAAAGUAAUGCUUCAAAAUUAUAUAAAUAUGCCAAAUGAAAAUAAAGCCAAUUUAAUAGCUUCAAAUUUUGAAAACAAAUGUUUUAUUCCACAAAUUAUUGGUAGUAUCGAUGGUACGCACAUAGAAAUUAUUCCACCAAAAGAAGGAUACAGAGAUUUUAUAAAUAGAAAAGGUUGGCCUUCAUAUAAUGUACUUGCAAUUGUUGAUCAUAACGGAAGAUUUAGAAAUAUUGUAAUAAAACAUCCAGGGAGUUGUCACGAUGCAGCUGUGUUAAAAGAAAGUAUGUUAUAUAAAGAUGCUGAUACUCUAAUACCUAAGAAAACUCGUAACAUAAAUGGAAUGGAAAUACCGUUUAUAAUUGUGGGAGAUCCUGCUUACCCACUGUUACCAUGGCUCAUAAAAGGAUUUUCUGGUUCAUUAUCAUCGGAAGAAGAAUCUUUCAAUGUCUAUUUAAAUUCUGCUCGAGUAUCGAUAGAAAUGGCAUUUGGUAGACUGAAAGCUAGAUGGAGAAUUUUACAUAAAAUUAAUUGCGAUUACAGUUUUGCACCAGAAAUUAUUGCAGCUUGUUGUGUAUUGCACAAUUUUGUUGAAAAAAACAAGGAUAGGUUUUACAUACAAUGGUUACAAGAAAUUGAACAAUUAGAACUUGUAAUACCACAACCAAGAACUGCAACGAUUACUAGUACAGAUUCUAUAGAUGGUACAAAUAUUCGGAAUCAUCUAAAACAAUAUUUAUCCGACAAUUUUCCAUUAAGAAAAGCCUUGAUACGACCAUAAAAGUAUUUUGCGUUAAAAUAAUUGCAGUUUGUAGUAAUAAUAGUAAUUAAAAUAAAGUUAUUGAUUUAGAAAAUUGAACUGAAAUAAUAUUAUAUCUUUUAUAUGUAUAAUAUAUAUAAUAUUGAUAAA